AACUCUCUCUUCAGCGUGCCACCAACAUCAGCACUGAGAAGCUUGCUCGAGUAGUAGUUGAUAAUGCCCUCAGGUUUUUCCGCCACAGUUCUGCUCUUGGUGAAAAGGUCACGAGUUUGUGAUGACGGUCCAAGAAGAGGACGAGACUCAGUUCUACAGUGGAGCUAUCAAAGCUCCCAAAGUUCUGCCGACAUUGUAGAGUCCAGAGCCGGAGCCGUGUACGUGGAUUGGCGGUUCAAUUUGGAGAAUCUUUGGCUGGUCAAUGCACUUGGAGAAAAAAAGUUGCUCAUCACAGAUGCAGAGAACUCUGCUGCCUAUGCCAUGCUUUGUAGCCUGAAAGAUGAGAAUGCCAUUUGAUUCUUCUCUGAAGACGGAGCACUGUCUCCUAUGAUAUUCACAUGGAUUUCUCACACAGCUCAGAAUCAUAAUAAAAGUGGCUAUAUGAAAUGAGGUAUUUCAUCUAUCAUCAUGGGGUAGAAGUCCAUUUGAAUGAAUGAUUAUCUUCCAU